AUGACGCGAUUCAUGCUCAGCAACAACUAUUUUAGGCCAAAUCACCAGAAAGGGUUUCUACCCGGGAUUUCUGGAUGUCUAGAACACAACACCUUGCUGUCGGAGAGUUUGAAAGAUGCUAGAAAGGGCGAGCGGCAAAUCACUGUUUGUUGGAUAGACUUGGAGAACGCGUUCGGGUCGAUACAACACGAAUUGAUGCUAUUCGCGCUUAGAUGGUACAACUUUCCACCCCUAGUUAGUGAUAUGAUCGCGUCGUAUUACUCAAAAUUAAGGUUUUCUAUAAUAACUAAAGAAGGCCCUUCAAAAAGUUUGAGUUAUAAUGUAGGACUGUUUGAAGGUUGUUGUCUAUCUCCAAUUGCGUUUAAUAUCGUUAUUAACAUCUUAGUAGACAAAUUAAUCUGUAACGAGAAAAAAUGGGGUUAUCGGUUUAAGUUUAAUAAUAAAUACACGGAAUCCAUUUUAGCCUUCGCUGACGAUCUCGCAAUACUGACACGUAACCCCAAACACUGUCAAGUACUAUUGGAUGAAGUGGAUAAAUUCUGUGAGUGGACGGAUGGAUUGAGGACAAAACCCAGUAAAUGUCACUGUCUGUGUCUUGGUAGGCGGAAUACAAGAUACACCUCAUACGAUCCGGGACUAUCGUUAGGCGGUCAAUGCAUUUCUACGGUUACGGAAAAUGCACCAUUUAAAUUUCUCGGUCGUAAGAUUGAUAAUAUAGGCCGUACUUCAUCUUUAGAAGGAAUAGUAGAUAGCUUUUUGAACGAUCUUAACAAGUUAGAUGCAGGCGUCAUAAAGAUGUCCAAGUUGUGGCUCGGGCUCGCUCUAACGGCUGAUUCAUCGGCGUUAUUCAGGGGAAGCAAUAGUUUUGGGAUGAGUCUAAAAAGGCCAUCGGAGCUCUAUAAACACCUAAGAGUUUCCAAGAGAUAUAUGUUGGGGAAAUCCCAUGAUGACGUAGUGACAUCGCUCCCAAAAGAUGAAGAUGCCCCCGAGCUAGAGUCACGACUUCAAUUCCAUAAGCAAUUUAUGAUAGGAGCACAAAGUAACAGAGUGGGGUUAGGAUCAAAUAGGAAAGUCCAAGAUGCGGAUAUAUUGAAGUCUUUUAUUCGGCAAGACGAGAAUGAUAAAUAUAAGAUCCAUGCAAUGAAUUUAGAAAUGCAGAACGAGUGGUUAGACAUAGGAGAUUUUUGCAUCCCAUUAGCAUUAAAAUGGCGCACUUUAAUUUACGAUUGGUCGCCAGCAUUGCUAAAAUUCUAUCUCAAUGCGUUCCAGAUGACUCUCCCAGAUCAGAGUAAUUUAGUAAGAUGGGGUAAAAGUACCGAAAAAACUUGCUAUAUCUGUGGAAAGGCAGUUGGAACUGCUAAACAUCUGCUGGUGGGAUGUAGGGUACUCCUGGACAGCGGUCAAUACUCGCGUCGUCACGAUAGGGUUUUAGAAGUCAUACGUGAAGCGGUUAGUCUUUCGGUAGCCAGAGCGCAAAAGGAAAUUACCACAAACGAACGAUCAGUAGGUUUUGUGAGAGAAGGCACUAGGGCUACAAAAUCAAACGUCAAGCCUUACUCCAUCCUUAAAGCGGCGUCGGAUUGGACUAUAAUGAUGGACACGUAUGAAAAACAGUAUAAAAUCCCCGAGGACAUUUGUGCGUCGGCCUCCAGACCGGAUAUAUUUUUGUUUUAG